AACGCUCACAUUUCGCUAAACCCUAAACCCUAAAUCCCCAUUUCUGGGGACUCCUCACACUUCUGCACCACACAAACCUCCAUGAAAGCGACGUCGCUUUCAGCAACUUUCAUGCCCGUCGGACUCUUACCCCAACUCCGACUCCUCAGCACCUCUGUUCCGGCGACCCGUUACCCGCCCAUGAAAUUCGCGCCUUCCAUUUCGUCCUCUCAGGCCGUACCCAUUUUGUCGCGGGUCUUCCCCUUGAGGCUUAGGUACGUAGGGUUGGGGCUUCGUCGCUCUCUGCAGACUGAGCGAGCAUUUUCAACUCGGGCGUUCCGGGGCUCCAGGACCGGGUCGGGGUCCGAGUUGCCACGUGCCUACGAGAGAAGAGCGGGUGGAGCUUCGAAGAGUCUGAUUGAGGACGAGGCUGAGCUCAGUGACUGGGUCAGCGAGUUAAAGAGUGACUCGCGCGGCGAAUCGGAGGGCCGUAGGGGGACGGUUGGAGAGAGGGGUACCGAUAGGGAGUCGUAUCCGAUGAAGAGGAGCAGGAGAGAUAGUGACUCAGGAGAUUUUGGUGAUUCUAAAAGGCGAGAAUCUCGAUCACCGAAUCAGUCUUUUUCGAGAAAUUCGGGGAUGAGUAAGCGAUUUGAUAAUAAAUCUGAGGGUGAUAGGAAAGAGAGAGCAUUUCCACCCAGAAACAGUCGUGGGAAUCUGAAUUCAAAUGGCGAUUUUGGAGAUUUGAGUAGGCGAAGAUUUCCGGCCCAAAAUGAUUCCUUUUCGAGAAAUGCAGGGACAAGCAAUCGCUUUGAUAACAAAUUUCGGAGUGAUGAUGACAAGGAAGACAGAUUUCCCCGUAGAAACAAUCGUGGGGACUCAAAUUCGUUUUCAAAAGGGAGUUCGAGUUCAAGGGUGAAAGGGGAAUCAUUUACCAGGAAUAGAGGUGGAAGAGAUUCGGGUAAAGAAUUGCGAGUAAUGGAUGAUACUGAAGAGGAGGAGGUAAAACCAUUUGGCGGUAUUGGGGAUUUUCUUAGUGAGGAAGAGAGUGACACUGCUGCUUCUGAUGAUGAUGGUUUUGGAGUAUUAAGAGAAAAAAAUGCAGCUUCUUUGCUUUGUGGUUCGGAUGAUGAAGCGAGCAAAAGGGUUCUGCCUAAAAGUUCAGCUGGAAGCUCUGACUCUUAUUUGAGUGAAUCGCGGUUUGAUCAAUGUUCGGUCUCUCCGCUGUCCUUGAAAGGAAUCAAGGACGCAGGAUAUGAAAAGAUGACUGUAGUGCAAGAAGCUACUCUUCCAGUAAUAUUGAAAGGCAAGGAUGUGCUGGCCAAGGCUAGAACAGGCACUGGAAAAACUGUGGCGUUCUUGCUUCCAUCAAUUGAAGUUGUUGUAAAUUCGCCUCCUAUUACCCGUGAUAACAAGCGACCACCAAUUUUUGUACUUGUUAUAUGCCCAACCAGGGAGUUGGCAAGUCAAGCUGCUACUGAAGCCAAUAAGUUGUUGAAAUAUCAUCCCUCUGUUGGUGUCCAAGUUGUGAUUGGUGGUACACGACUUGCUUUAGAACAGAAACGUAUCCAAGCCAACCCUUGCCAGAUUCUUGUCGCUACACCUGGAAGGCUCAAAGAUCACAUUGAGAAUACCGCAGGUUUUGCAACUAGGCUGAUGGGUGUCAAAGUCCUUGUACUUGAUGAAGCUGAUCAUUUACUGGAUAUGGGAUUCCGUAAAGAUAUUGAAAGGAUUAUAUCAGCUGUUCCCAAACAACGGCAGACACUUUUGUUUUCCGCCACUGUUCCGGAAGAGGUCCGUCAAAUCUGUCAUAUUGCUUUGAAAAGAGAUCACGAAUAUAUCAAUACAGUUGAAGAAGGCAGUGAAGAGACACAUGCACAGGUCGCACAGACGCAUUUGGUCGCUCCAUUGGACAGGCAUUUUUCCUUAGUAUAUAGCCUUCUUAAAGAGCAUAUUGCAGAUGAUGUUGACUAUAAGGUUCUUGUAUUCUGCACUACCGCUAUGGUAACACGACUGGUUGCAGACCUUCUUGGUGAGCUGAACUUGAAUGUCAGAGAGAUCCAUUCUAGAAAGCCACAGAGUUAUAGAACCAGGGUUUCUGAUGAAUUUCGGAAAUCAAAGGGUCUUAUUCUUGUGACUUCUGAUGUAUCUGCACGUGGGGUUGAUUAUCCAGAUGUUUCCCUAGUCAUACAGGUGGGCGUGCCAGCCGAUAGACAACAGUAUAUACAUCGACUUGGAAGAACUGGUCGUAAAGGCAAAGUGGGGCAAGGGAUAUUGCUACUGGCUCCUUGGGAGGAGUUCUUCUUGUCCAAUAUUAAGGAUUUGCCAAUAUCCAAGGCUGCUGUACCGUCAGUCGAUCCAGAUACUACGAAGAAGGUGGAACGAGCACUGUCCAAUGUGGAGAUGAAGAACAAAGAAGCAGCGUACCAAGCAUGGCUCGGGUAUUACAAUUCAAACAAGAAAGUGGGGCGCGAUAAGCAUAGGCUUGUGGAGCUUGCUAAUGAGUUUAGCCGAAGCAUGGGGCUGGACAACCCUCCGGCCAUUCCCAAGCUCGUUCUUGGCAAGAUGGGGCUUAAGAAUGUCCCUGGAUUGCGUUCCAAGUAGCUCCGUUAGCAGCCAACCUAGUCAGUUGAUUCGGUUGUCCCGAUUACUUGUUAACAAUUGAAAAACUUAAAUUUAAUGUUAGAGAUUUUGUAGUUGAAGUUGAACAACGUAUGCUGCUAUGCGAUGCGACACAGACAACACAAACUUAAACACAAACUAUUGUUGUUUAAAAUUUUUUUGGGAUACAUGUGGAAAGUUGAAGUUUGUA